CAGUGCACCCUUCGUUUCCAUGUCACGUCACGAUUGGGGUCGGCCAAUUUAUUGGGGUUUGCCAUGAACCUUAAAAUGGCGCCUGGCAAAUCCUGCAGAAAACCUGCAGGCUGCAGCUGGCGGAGCUUGUGAUGAACAUUGGGCAUUACCUAUAAUAAGAUCGGCAGGCGCUGCAACCUCAACCUCCAGCCCGCGUCGAAACAUUCCAUCGCGCUCUCACGCACCUUGUGUUCGAGCAAGUUCGCCCACAACGGUCUGUCGACAUGGGCGUCUUCGAGAAGUCCUCCGACGGAGGGGCGGCUUCCAAGGAGGAGGUCAAGGACCCUAUCCAGGCGAACGCAGCAGCCGACGAUGUCGAGACCGGUGACAUCAAGCAGGAGGACAAGUAUGCCUACGAUGACUCGCGCAAGCUGGGCAUCACGGGCGCCGUGUUCCUCAUCCUCAACAAGAUGAUCGGCACCGGUAUCUUCUCGACGCCCUCGAGCAUCUUCGCGGCGACCGGGUCCGUCGGUGUAAGCCUGAUGCUAUGGGUGAUUGGUGGCUUUCUCACCUUCUGCGGCCUGAGCGUCUGGCUCGAGUUCGGCCUGGCCAUUCCCCGGUCGGGCGGUGAAAAGAACUACCUCGAAUACAUCUAUCGCCAUCCCAAGUAUCUCGCAACGUGCGUCCUGGCUUCGCAGAUGAUCCUGCUCGGCUUCUCGUCUGGUAACUCGCUCGCUUUUGGGCGCUACAUCCUGUACGCGGCACGCGGCGAGCUCAAGGACACCUACCAGGCGCGCGGCAUCGGCGUGGCAUGCGCGACCUUCGCCGUGGUGCUGCACUCGGUGGCGCCUAAGUGGGGUGUCCGGCUCUUCAACCUCCUGGGCGUCUUCAAAGUGGCCGUGCUGCUAUUCAUCGUCUUCUCGGGCUUUGCCGCGCUGGCCGGCCGCCGUUUGGUGUCCGACCCGCACAACUUUGACAACGCGUUUGCCAUCGAGUCCGGCGAGGGAUACGGCGGCGGCGGCGCGUACGCCUACUCCAACGCCCUGCUCAACAUUGUCUACAGCUUCAAGGGCUGGGAGAACGCAAACUACGUGCUCAGCGAGGUCAAGAACCCGCGCCGCACACUCACCAUCGCCGCGCCGCUCGCCAUCGGCGGCGUGACCAUCCUGUACGUGCUCGCCAACGUUGCUUACUUCGCCGCCAUCCCCAAGUCGGACCUGGCGACUUCGGAGGUCAUCGUGGCCGGGCUCUUCUUCAAGAACGUCUUCGGCGAUAGCGCCGGCGCCCGCACCCUGCCCGCCUUCGUCGCGCUCAGCAACCUGGGCAAUGUCCUGGCCGUCAGCUUCGCCCACGCCCGGUUGAACCAAGAACUCGGAAAGGAGGGUCUGUUGCCGCUAAGCCGCUUGUGGGGCUCAAACCGGCCGUUCAACUCGCCCGCAGCAGCUCUAUUCCUCCACUGGCUCGUCACCGUGAUCGUCCUUCUGGCCCCGCCCCCCGGACCGGCCUACAACUUCAUCGUCAACCUGUACACCUAUCCUGGCGCUUGGAUCAACGCCUUCGUCGCCGCGGGGCUCAUCUACCUCCAGUACCAGAGGAAGGAGCCGUGGAACCCCGGGUGGCGCACGUGGCUGCCCAUCACCGUCAUCUUCUUGCUGUGCAACGCCUUUUUAGCCGUCGUGCCCUUCAUCCCGCCGGCCGAUGGGGAUUUCUGGGCCGAGGGGUAUCCGUACUACGUGUUCCCUGUCGUCGGCGUCGGCGUUCUCAUCUUGGGCGGCAUCUACUGGGUGCUGUGGACUAAGUUCUGGCCAGCCGUUAGGGGCCACAAGAUCGUGGCGGACCGGAUCUUGGACGAACAAGGGGUGGAGGUUAUCAGGUAUCGGAAAGUCAAGACGCAUGCUGCGUAGGGCCUCUGGCAGUCCGUGCGCUGCCGAGGGUUAGUUAUGUAUCGUACGAUUUUUUUGAAGUCCGUCAAACUGCUUGCUAGUU